UAAGAGAAAAACCCUAGAAAUUCUCUUAGGUAUAAAGACCACAUUAGUAAAACAGUUCUCCCUAGUAUCAGGAGGAGGCAGUGACUGUCCUAACUCUCAAGGUCACCAUCUUGAGUUGUAAAUAUGGCGGAUGAAUCGUGGAAUCCGUUGGUUUUCAGGAAGAUACAUGGACAGUCAUCUCUCAUUUCUAAGCUUUCCCCAAACUUGCACAGCAGGAAUUAUCACAUGACUAGUGGUGCAUUUUCUAAUGGUUUUCAUAGCCAUAUGCAUCCUGCCAUUCAGGGAACUGGUCUCGCAUUUGUGCCACAUGUUUCCCCGAUAUUUGUUGAAGCACCGUCCGAGAAAGGUGCUAAAGGAUUUGUGAUUGAUUUUCUUAUGGGAGGAGUAUCAGCAGCUGUUUCAAAGACAGCAGCCGCUCCAAUUGAGCGGGUUAAACUCUUGAUUCAAAAUCAAGAUGAAAUGAUCAAGGCUGGUCGAUUAUCUGAACCAUACAAGGGUAUCACUGACUGCUUUGCUAGAACCAUCAAAGAUGAGGGUGUCCUUGCUCUUUGGAGAGGCAACACUGCUAAUGUCAUCAGAUACUUCCCUACUCAGGCCCUGAACUUUGCAUUCAAAGAUUACUUCAAGAGUUUGUUUAACUUCAAGAAGGAAAAAGAUGGCUAUUGGAAGUGGUUUGCUGGGAAUUUGGCAUCAGGUGGAGCUGCUGGUGCUUCAUCACUUCUAUUUGUUUACUCCUUGGAUUAUGCCCGUACUCGUUUGGCUAAUGAUGCAAAGGCAGCUAAAAAGGGUGGCGAGAGGCAGUUUAAUGGGUUGAUUGAUGUUUAUAAGAAAACCCUCCAGUCUGAUGGCAUUGCUGGACUUUAUCGUGGAUUUAACAUAUCUUGUGUUGGAAUUAUUGUGUACCGUGGGCUCUACUUUGGAAUGUAUGAUUCACUUAAACCUGUGGUUUUGGUUGGUAAUUUGCAGGAUAGUUUCUUCGCAAGUUUCUUACUGGGAUGGGGUAUCACAAUAGGUGCUGGCUUGGCCUCUUACCCCAUAGAUACAGUCCGUAGAAGGAUGAUGAUGACUUCAGGAGAAGCUGUGAAGUAUAAGAGCUCUUUGGAUGCAUUUAAACAGAUCAUCAAGAAUGAAGGGGGUAAAUCACUCUUCAAGGGUGCUGGUGCAAACAUCCUACGUGCUGUGGCAGGUGCUGGUGUGCUUGCUGGGUAUGACAAGCUGCAGGUCAUUGUCUUUGGCAAGAAAUAUGGAUCUGGUGGCGGUGGCUAAUAUGAUUGCUGAUGCCAGUGGCCAUGAUGAUGAUGAUGAUAAAAGGAAAAUGCUUCUGUUAGAGUGCCUUUCUCAACUUUGAAUAAUUUUUCAAGAAAUGAUAGUGCUCUUGAUGUUUGCCGGUACUUGGGAUUUCAUAAAAACAAAUUUCUGGACAUCUUCAAUUUUGAGUGUUGUAACUAGCACAGCAUAAACGAUGUUAGUUUGUAUGUGUCAUGAUGAGAAUAGUUAGAUAAUAUUCUCUGUAGUGUGCUUGUUUUGGAGUGGUUGUGUCCUGUGGAAAUCUAUGAUGUUUCGUCCCUUGUUUAUUGAAAAAUUAUUCAAAGGAUGAUCGGUGCCA